AUGAAAGGAACACGGAAGAAGAAUCCCCCGAAUAGUGAUCGACGACAGUCACCAAAUAAUGAUUCGAAAAGAAAACCGCAGCAAUCACUACAGCAAACCAGUGCGAAUCAGGAACAGAAUUCAGUCAUCGAUACACCUCAAGCAUCGGGACAACGCUCCUCUGAAACUGCCCUCCUGUUGAUGACCACUCUAACUGAUCUAUUUAACGUCACAAUCGAUUGCUUAGCACUGCAUUUGAUUUUGGCUAUGAAUAAACUGAACGUUAGUACUGAUGCGAAGGACCUCGUUAAGGGUGUAGUCGAUUUGAAAAUUACAAACGACAUUAAUACACAGAAAGCGAGAGCCUCACAACCAAUUGGGUCUACUCCUAAGUCUAAUCCUUCAAAACCCACAAUCAUUACAAGCGAUGUUGAACAACUAGCUAAAUCUAAAGAAGAAAUCUUAGCUGAAAGGAAAGCGAAAGCUGCAGAAGCAAAAGCUAAGAAAGCUGCUGCAGCAGCUGCGAAAAAGGUUACAAAAGGUGGUGAAGGAGCUACAACACCAAAGGCCACCAAAUCUAAAGAUGCGAAACAAAAAGACUCUAGCGCAUCGCUGAAUACAUCAAGUACUUCAAAUGGUCAUCCAACUAACGGUACUGAAGCUAUUAAAUCAGCGUUUAGUUCUGGUAUAUCAUCUUCUCGUCCGUCGCAACCUUUCAGACGCGUCCAUUUCGAUAUGACUCCAUCAGAAGGUGCAAGUGCAGUCGGUCGUCGAAGGCAACCUUCAUUCACGGAUGUUUCGCCAGUCAACGUUCAUCCUGCGUUUUUAAACUUCGCCGCUAGGUGCGAGGCCAAAGAAGUGACUGGAAUUGACGCAAUUUGUGUUGAAUUUAUUUGUGCCUUCAAGCAGUUUCUAAACGAAUAUAAUAUGAGUGAAAAUCGAAAGAUGUCUCACGAUCUCGAUCAAGCCAUUCGUCCACAUUUCAGUUAUAUGACACAAAAUGGCACUCAACCGUUCCCGUUCGCGUUAGGAAAUUUGAUACGACAGUUGAAGAAAGAGAUCAAUCAGCUUCCAGAUGGAAUAUCUGAACUUGAUGGCAAAAAUAGGCUGCUUGAAUGGCUGGAUGAUUUUUGCUCGCAGAAUUUCGAUUUGGCUCUGCGAGCGAUCUCAUCGUUUUGCCUGAGCAAGAUGCAAAGCACACAUUAUAUUCUUACAUAUUCAUGGUGCCCUAUCGUUGAACGUGUUCUUCUUGAUGCCUAUGACCAAAAUAUGAAUCUUCAUGUUUGUAUUCUCGACUCUCCUGUUGAACCAAAAGGUCGUCGUCUGACUAAGACGUUGUCUUCACGUAAUAUUGAAUGCACGUACGGAAUGCUCAGCGCAAUUGGUUACGUCAUGAAGCAGUGUCAUAUGGUACUGUUGGGCUGUUCAGCAAUUCUGUCGAAUGGUUAUGUGGUUGCCGAACGAGGUGCUGCCCAAGUGGCUUUAGUUGCUGCGGCUGCCAAUGUUCCAGUUCUAGUGGUCGCACAGACGCUUAAAUUCGUCGAUCGUGUUCAAACGUUUGAUCGCAGUAAUCGUGAAGUAAGUGCGCUGGUUGGUGAACGGCAAGAGAGCAUCCCAUCGGAUUUAAUAACAGCAAUUGUCACUGAGCUACGUAUUGUACCACCAAGCUCAGCACCAGCUGUGUUGAAGGCUAAACAACUCGCUGUUGGAUAA